AUGCCCCGAUCCAACUCAUCAGUCGACAGCCCAAAAAAGACCAAGCAGAAGAAAUUGACUGAGGAAGAGGUGCUGGUCUUAAAAUCCCACCUAGAAGAAUGGAAGGAAGCCGCUGCCAACGAUAGAAAAAAGAUUCUGAAGGCCAUCAUAAAAGAGGCCAAGGUGCAUGCCCCUGCUAUGGAUGACCAGUCAUUGAAGAACAGGAAAUAUAUGUACUGGGACUGGUUAUAUAACCAGAGACCUGAAAAGACUCGAGAAAAGAAAGCCAGCAAGUUGGGUCAGAAAUGGACUUCCCGGUCGGUCAUAGAACAACUGCGCAAGGAGGAGAUCAUUGAAAAGACCGGAGCAAUGCCAGAAUCGAAGAAAUUUAUUGAAAGAUAUCAGACAACACUCACUGCAGUCAUGGCCAGUCUAUCUAAAGAGGAGCUGGAGGAGGCUCAGAACACUGCAAUUGAGUGGUCUGCCAAGGCUCCUCCUGCAGCCGUCCAGGCGGACUUUGCAAAGAAGAAAGCACCCGCAUGGAAAACAGAGGAAGACAAAGUGUGGAUCAAUGGAAUUGACUUCAAUGAAAAGUUGGAGGGCAAUAGUUUUACCGAUAUGAAGGACUGGAAGCCCAUGUUAUCAGAGUGGAAUGCCUAUGCUGGAGAAGAGUUCAGUGAGCUUCUGUUUGAAAAUAUUGCACCAUUCAGUCAAGUACUUAUCCGACCUGGGGUGAUACCAGAAGUUGACCUCAAUAAUGAUGACGAUGAUAAUGAGGGGGAGGUGAAGAAGAGCAGGAAGAAAGGCAGAAAGAAGGACAAUUAUCCUUUGGAGGUGGAUAGCUAUGGGCUUCCGGUCAUACCAGACAUCAAAGAGCUUAACCUAGAGAGUAAAAAGUGUCUUAUAAGAACGUUCCUCACAAAACACUACAGAUUGUGCAGCCAACAACCAAAGGUGUCUGUUCCUUGGGCCUCAGUGAGGAUGGCUCAGGGUGACUUUAUUGCAGCCAAGUUUUUACCUACCGGCUGGAAGCUCGACGAUCCAUCAAAGAUUCGGUUGGCCGAUGCCGACCGGCUGUUAGAGUUGUGGUGUCAAAGACAGAAGGACCAGGUUCGCCCAACCUUUAAAUUUAAAGGCUGGGAAGGUGAUGAUAAGACAAUGAGAGAACCGGCAGAGAUAAUCUCCGGCAAGGGUUCUGACACGAGACCCAGGGUUCCAGUGAAAAAGUCGACCGGUAAGCGCACCGGGAGGGUGGAACAGGUGUUGAGUAGUGAGGAUGAGGACAAGGAUGAUGAAGAGGAUAAGGAUAAGGAUGACAAUGACAAUGACAAUGAUGAAGAUGAAGAGGAGAAGGUCGACAAUGACGAUGAUGAUGACGAUGAUGAUGGCCCAUCGCCACCUCCAAAGUCAAAACCUACCAAAAAUUGCCCACCGGUCAAGAAAUCCAUACCUGUCCCACCACCACCUUCAAAGGCAAAACGGACCAAUAUGCUCUGCAGGGCUAGUCCGGCUUCAGAGCAGGAAGAUACUCGCCCACCGGUCAAGAAAUCUAUACCGGCCCCACCACCACCUUCAAAGGCAAAAACAGACCAAUACAUGCUGCAGGGCUAG